UUGCGACUGUAUCUCAGAAGGAAAGAGAAGUCGCCAAGUUGCUCGAAGAAUUCAAAGAACGGCUGGUGAGAACCACCAUAAGGCAGCUCGAAGACUAUUUUACGUGCCCGCUGUGUUUUGAGAUCAUGGCGUGCCCGUAUAGUUUGAACCCACGACAGUGCGGACAUACCUUCUGCGCCACUUGCAUUCUGAAAUGGUUCUUUUCCCGAUUACAUCGUGUGUGUGGCAGCUGGCAUGAACCCGUGGACUGUCCCAUGUGUAGGAGUGCACUAUUUUACACUCCCGAUAACGUUCCGCGUCCAGAAUCCUCGUUCCCUUUCACACCGAACAGAGUAGCUGAUAACGCAAUUCGCGGCAUGAUCAACACUCUCGCGAAGGAGGUUGACUCUGGAAAUGUCUCUGCAUCUAGCCCGCUUGCUGACUGGGGAGAUGAUGGUCACGCAAGAAGAGAAUGGUAUCGAAAAGAAAGAGUUGGACGUCAUGAGAUGACAUCCCUCGCUACGUCGUGGACAAACAUGCAUGGGGACGAAUUCGUCACUAUCAAAAGCAGACUUGAAGUAUGACAUUCAUGGAAAACGUGUUUACACGGGUAAGGUUUACAAUAAGACAGACCGAUGUGGCUCUCCCCAGGAAUGGAGCGAAUGUUUAAAAUUCACUGAGACAUCAUUGUCGACUUUGAUUUUUUUUUUGGUAAAUCGAUAAUUUGGAAAUGUACAACUACCGCGGUGCAUGUAUUGGAGUUUUCGAGUAGUGGGACCUAUCACGGUGACUCAUCCAGCGGCUGCAUUCAUGAUACUACAGAUAGAAACAACGCUCUCUCAACCCGCGCAUACCUAGAACAUC